AAGAAGUCAACCUCAAUCAACAUGUACAAGACAGGCUCCAGGGACCACAUCUCAAAGAACAUCAGAUAAUCAGAGCCUAGCUCCGACCUUACAGUUUCAUGUGUCCAUCCCUAGAAAACCAAGAAGAUUCACUCAUGUCUUUCCAACGUGCUUUGAGAUGAUUCGUUCUGAGAUGUAGCUGAUCAAACCUUGACCGCUGGUAAAAAGUAAUGAAGGGUUAUGAAUAAAGUGAGCACACUCAGGUCAAGUGUCUUCAUCUGCUGGAAAUCAAAAUGUCAUCAAGAUGGAUUAAAAUAUUCGGAUCGAUUUAAAGCCAUUGCAUAAAAAUUUCUUAGACAAAUACACAAACAUCUUAUGUUAUUCUCCAGCGGUAAAAGGAGGUAGGUAGCCUUGCAUCCUAGCCUCGCUUUAAGCGAAAAGGCUUGCGUCUCGUCCUCUGCCUACCUCUCCUCAUCCAUAACUACCCUUCCCGGGCACCCUCAUUUCCAAAUCUGUUCGGCACAUUUUAAAGCUCUAGUCGUUGCCACUGCAAUCUACAAACGACAUAACGAAACAUCAAAACACCAAAAUUACCGCCAAAAUGAAUCCCUAUGAAGGUAGGACUUUCCACCCCCGCGCUCUGCCCCGCGUUCAAGUUCCACGAUGAGCUUCUAUUAACAUACCUUGAUUCUGUAGUCGAACACAACAUAAAACCUACGUCCCAAUCCGCUAGACCUCGUCGCCGGCCUUCUAUGUCCUCUUUCUUCAACCAACUAUCUCAGAUUGAAACAUCCACCUCUACCACCGAUCCCAGCUGGCAUCACAAUAAUCCGCAUGCUGUUCCUACUCCCGUAUGUUCUCCUUCUCAAGUCCAUCUAUAUACCUUUGUAAUUGCUUUGCAAUCAGAAAGAAAGCUAAUCAAAAUAUUACAGGUUGACGUAGCAGCUUCCUACCGCCUCCUUCAAGAUCAAUUCCUGACUCUCCGGACAAACGACCCCUCCUCUUCAACAGCAUCUCUCCUCGAUAUCCUCAUCAACUCCAUAACUUCUCAAAUUGAUGACCCACCAACUACCAUAUCAGGUUGUUCACAAGCCUACCUCGAUACCAUCGACCGUGUUCCUCGGUCCUCCCUAAAACCAGAUGAAACAUGCCCGAUCUGUGGAGAAAAAUUCCUCGAUGAUCAAUAUUGUUUAGUUGUGGUAUUACCAUGUCAUCCAGCACAUAAGUUUGAUUUAGAAUGUGUAGGACCUUGGUUAAGACUUAAUGGGACGUGUCCAUUGGAUCGAAAGAAGGUUGGGGAUGGGGAGGAUAGGGCGAAGGAGGCGGAGAUGGAGAGGGAGAGGAUGAGGAGAGGAGUGGAGGAGUUUGGGUUUAGACAGGAGGGAGAGGAGGCUGAGAGGAGGAGGGAGGAGGAAAGGAGAAAGACGGAGGUAGAGGAGGAGAGUGAUGGGGAUGAUGGGAUGUAUGCUUAAGAUUUUGUGGCUGUUCGAUUGCGAAUUGUGAAUUGUGGUGUAUGGAGUUGCGGGAUAAUUGGGUGAUAUCCAUGGCU